GUGGAAAGCAAACGAAUGAGUGAGGACUUGCCAGUGCCCCAGGUGAACGAGCAGAGGGACCUGGACCCCGGUCGGAUGCAGAUGCUGCAGGGGAACCCGCUGCUGCUCCCACACAGCCUGCAGGAGCUGCUGGCCAAGGACACCGUGCAAGUGGCCCUCGUCCCCGAGAGGAAGGGCCUCUUCCUGAAGCAUGUGGAGUACGAAGUGUCCAGCCAGCGCUUCGGGGCCUCCGUGAGCCGCCGGUACAACGACUUCGUGGUUUUCCACGACCUGCUGCUCCAGAAGUUCCCCUACCGCAUGGUGCCGGCCCUGCCGCCCAAGAAGAUGCUGGGAGCUGACAGGGAGUUCAUCGAAGCCCGGAGGAGAGCCCUGAAGCGCUUCAUUAACCUGGUGGCCCGGCACCCCCCCUUCUCCGAGGACGUGGUGCUCAAGCUGUUCCUGUCCUUCAGCGGCCCCGACGUGCAGAGCAAGCUAAAGGAAUCGGCUCAGUGUAUGGGAGACGAAUUCACGAACUGUAAGCUGGCGACGCGGGCCAAGGACUUCCUCCCAGCUGACAUCCAGACUCAGUUCGCAGUUAGCCGGGAGCUGAUCCGAAAUGUCUACAACAGCUUUUACAAGCUUCGUGAUCGGGCCGAGAGGAUUGCGUCAAGGGCCAUCGACAAUGCUGCUGACCUCCUCAUAUUCGGGAAGGAGCUAAGUGCUUUAGGGUCUGACACGACACCGCUCCCCUCCUGGGCCGCUCUGCACAGCAGCACGUGGGGGUCCCUCAAACAGGCGCUGAAAGGGCUCUCUGUUGAGUUUGCACUGCUCGCUGACAAGGCCGCCCAGCAGGGCAAAAAGGAAGAGAACGAUGUGGUGGAGAAGUUGAACCUCUUCCUGGAUCUGCUCCAGUCCUACAAGGACCUGUGCGAGCGGCACGAGAAGGGCGUGCUGCACAAGCACCAGCGGGCGCUGCACAAGUACAGCCUGAUGCGGAGGCAGAUGAGCGCGGCCGUGCACGGCCAGCAGCCCGAGGCCGUGCAGCAGCUGGAGUCGCGCAUCGUGGAGGAGAGCACGAUCCAGACGAUGGAGCUGCGGCACGCCUUCUCCCUGUACUGCCUGCACCAGGAGACGCAGCUGGUCCACGCCCACCUGCCCCUCACCUCCCACAUCCUCGGGGCCUUCGUCAACUCCCAGAUCCAAGGGCACAAGGAGAUGAGCAAGGUGUGGGACGACCUGAAGCCCAAGCUGCACUGCCUCUUCGCUGGACCCAACAGCACCUGACCCUGCCAGGGUCCCCAGGGAUGGCCUGUCUCCUCACUAGUGCUGCGAGGACCCGGGGCGCAAAACCCACCGGCGCCCUCACUAAAACUUCUUUCCAAACGGUGUGUCCCUGUUUGAUUCCCUUCAGAGAGCAGCUGUCCCCCAUGUCCCGCGGGCUGCCGCCCUCAAGCAGGAGAGCUGACGUCAGGGCUGGCAGGUCCGGUGCGACGGCGCAGAGCCGAGGACACGGCUGUGGGCUCAGGCUGUGGCCGUCCUGGCCCAGCGCUGUGGCCUGAGGCUUGUGCUGGAAAGCGUCGGCCCCUGGGAUGGCUUCCCCUGGGACCUGGAGGCCAGCGUGCGGCAGAGGUUUUCACAGCACACGGUGCCCGGGGGGUGCAGGGGCCCUGUGCUGGAGCAGCCGGAGAGGGAGGCCGAAACCCUGUGGAGGGCAGGAAUGUCCCUGCGGUGGCAUGUCACCCUGGAUGAGGCACAACUGAUGAGUGAGAGGGCAGUCCUGGGCGGGGGGUGAGUGUGCGAGGCGGCUGCUGGGGCCAGCAGGGCAGGUGCAGCUGGGGGCCGCUGGGCAUGAGCGUUUCGCUUCCACAGAAUGAGCUCCCGCGAGCGUCUCGUGUCCCUACACAUGCGUGUGCAUGUGCACACACUCUGUGACCCAGGUGUGCCCGUGGUCUGAGGUGUGGCAGACAGGGUGGCCUGGUGCUUCCGCUGUCCGUCCCUGUACCAGGAGCUGCUGUCCUCCCUGGAGAGAUGCUCCUCUCUUUUGGGGCUUAGAGGGGGCCGUGGGGGAGUUGUUCUGCCUGGGGCCUCUCAAACUGCCUCAUUCCCGGUUGACUAGAACCCUCCUCCCAGCCUCUCUCGCACUUGCUGGCCCAGCCACCUGUGCCCAGGGGCCUGGCAUUGCGGCAGCUCUGGGCGUGGGAAAGGGUGUUUCCUGCUCUGAGUCCCGUCCGUGUGAACGUGGAGCAGACUGGCCCCCUCGGGCGCCCUGGCCCUUACUGUCUCGUUGGCCAGGAGAGGUGUCGGAGGCGGCUCUGACUCAGAGCUUUCUCUGUCAGAUGUGGAGUCUGCCUUCUAUUCGCCCACCCUCACGGGCAUGCAGGACCCGGGAUGGAGCUGGAGGCUCUGGGUAACUGCGCCUGCAGAUGGGUGCCGCACUUCAUGUCCCGGGGGAGGUGUGUCGGGCCCGCCCGCGUGAUUCCACCCGUGUGGAAGCAGCCGUGGGUGUGGGCAGGCCAGCUGUGCUGCCCCAGCCGAGGCGCUGCCGGGCCGACGUGUGCCUCCCGGGCUGAGGAGCACGCCUGUGCUACUCCACGGGGCUGGUCCUUCCCAGUGCUGUGCACUUGAGCCAUAAAGCGUGUCCUUCAGUGGCUGCUGCUCACCUUCUGGAGCCUGUCAUGCGUGGCAAGGGGCAAGCCACCACCAGAGGGGGAAGUAGUCCACACCCCAACCAGAUGGGCUGGAUGGCCGGAUCGGGGCACAGCUCGCACACUGGGGCAGCAGUGUGGGAGGGUGACAGGGAGUGGCUCCCAGUCAGGUUGAGGCCCUCCUUACCAGGUCACUGGAGAGUUUCAGCACCAAAGACGUCCUCCUGAUGGCCUCUGCUGCUGGCACACCACCCUGCCGGGAGCCAAGGAGCAGGCUCCUGGCUGGGGCCCGGGCCCUGUUAUUGGAGGCUCCCCCAGAGGGGCACUUUCAUCCUGGGCGCUGUGGAGGUCUAAGGGAGGACACUCAGGAGUGACAGAAGGUCAUGUCAGCUGGGGACAGCAGAGGCCACCUUUUUCCACAGUUUCCUCUUGGCCCGGAGCCUGGGCUGCUGGUAGAUUCCUGGCUGGGGGCUGGCAUUCUCUGCUUUGUCCUGGGGAGGGCGUGGAGGCCACUGCCAGCCGUGGGUAGAGGCUCGGGGUGGUGGGAGGGCAGGGGUCUCCUGCACGCCUCCACCGUUCCUGCCGCCCGCACUGUCCUUGCCAGCCAGGGAGAGCCGAUGUGCCACUACAGCCUCGCCUCACCUGGCGGAAGGACCCCCACUGUGCUACCGACGGGAGCCCUGCCCCAGGGACGCUGGAGUGAGGCGGCCUGCGCCCAGCUCACCCACUGGGGACUGGAGACACGCCCUAGGCAUUGGGCUGAAGACAAGGUCUGGGUAGCCUCUGUGAGGACAGUUCUGUGUGAUGCCCUCCCUCUUGCUCUGCGUGAGUCCAGUUUUCCAUGUGAAACGCUGCAUCAGGCUGCGGGACUCAAUCACCACCCCUCCGAUAAACUGGAGCUCUCUACACGUGGUCUACACAUUCCACGACUUUCAUCCACAAACUGACAAACUAUUAAACAUGCUUAUAAAACAGGGAA